AAAGGCAUAAGUUUUGUUUACAAAUAUUCAACAUAUAGGGCUACCUGCUUCUUAGUUGUGUAGGAGUUGAACCAUACUUUGAUGUUUCUCUUUCCGCACAAACCAUGGCCGAAUCUGUUGUAGAAGCAAUAUUGGGUCAUCUGGAAUGUGCUAUCUGUCACUGCAGAUUGGAACAUGCAAAAUGCCUCAAAUGUUUGCAUACUUUUUGUGAGAGCUGCAUUAAUCGGGCAAUAGAGGCAAAUGCAGGUAAUAGGAUCAGGUGCCCGAUAUGCCGUCAAGAAACAGGUUAUGAUUAUGAUAGAUCGGAAGCUCUGAGACCAAAUUUGUUGGCCAACCAGAUCAUCGAAGAAAUCAAACGCCAUGAGGAUUCUGAAUCAAAGAAAGAAUUCUGCAAGGAGCAUGGUGCCGGAAAGAAAUUCUUCUGUGAGAAAUGUAACGUGCUAAUCUGUAGCGAGUGUGCCCUUUGCAAUCACGGGGAACAUACAUUCUUGAUUAAGAACUUGGAAAAAGCUUCCGCAGCAAAAGUGGAAGAAAUCGUAAAAUUGAUGAGUAAAGCAACGGAAUGGAUGGAGUCUUUUGAGAAUUUUCGUGGAGACUAUGCGGCUAAACAAGCGGAAGGAAAUGAACGACUUGACAAUAUAUCAGAAGUAAUCAAAGUACGUUUCAAUUCGUAUUUAGAACGUAUUACUGAUAUCAUCAAUCAUAGGAAAGAGGAGCUCCUGGCAGAGGUCAAAACCAAUCGGAGUGAUCUUAACGAAGCUUUAGACAACAUAUUGAUACCUGUAGGGGAAGCGGUUUCCAAAGUCACAGAAGAAAUCAAAUUUGCUGAAGAACUUUUGGAUAGUACUGAGCCAAAGGAAGUUGUUUUGCGAUACGAGGACUUGGCAAAACGCCUCCGUCAAGGAACAGACCAACAAAUUCCUAAUGAUGUAGCUGCAAGGCGUCAAUGUACCAAAGUUGGAUCUUUUCAUUUCUCCGAGAAUGAGGCACCGGUUUUUGAGGCACCUAACUUGGGCGUCCUUCGGUUGCAGGUUCCAGAAGCUAAUAACCAAGGUGAAGAGAUAGAAGUUCCACAGGAUCAAAUAUCGCAUGAGCAGACUUCUCACUAUCAGUGCUCAACAAUGUCAUCAAGAAAGAAAUGCUUCCUGUAUUACACCAUGGAUGCUCUCCAGUUUUGUAUUAUUCUGGCGCUGUUUGGCCUUUAUGUAUGUUCUAAUAAUAACUACUCUCAACUAUUGAAUAGCAAGCAGUCAACUUCAAUGCCCAGCACUGCCUUUGUUCGGAAAAGCUUCACAAAGGCUAUGGUACCAAACUAUUCUAACACUUUGAGUUCUUUUCAAGUAGAAAUCUUGAGAGGGGGACUUAACAACCCCAACCCAGACCCCAAUAUUGAAGACCAUGGCAAGAUACACAAGCAUAGUAAAGAAAGUACCAAAAUCAGGACUGAGCUUCUAUCAUUAAAUAGGGAAGCUGAACGACUACCAAGGUAUCUCUUUAACACUCAUAAAUCUUUCAGUAACUGCUCCUCUCCCCCCAACUCGACGUGGAACUAGAGGUGAUGUAAAGAAAAAUUGUAGUUUAGUUGUAGCUAAACAAAUGAUUUAUACAUGCAGGCAUUUGAAUAUUUCACCGUCUUUUGAUUUGUUCUAUGUAAAGCUGAAACGAAUAUACAAAAUAGAAAAACAAAUUGGCAUUCAGAAUAAAAAAUUAUCUAAGUUUGAAAAGAAAUGGAAAAUUCUACAUCCCUCAUUCAUAUAAUAGUUUAGGCAGCUUGAUGGAAAACGAAAUCAAAUGUGAUGUCAUAACAAUUCAAUCCUGAAAUGUUUUUUAUUUAUUUUUUAAUUUUUACCCCUUUUUUAUUAUGCUUUGUUUUGUAUUUUUUUUCAAUUUGUAUAUAAUAUGUACAAUGUAUAAUGAUGAUGUUUGUUAUAUGUAUAUGAAGUUAUG